AACACCAAUAUGUCCCAUAGCCAAAACAACUCUUCCACUAUAAUAUUGUUGUCAUUGAGCAAUCAAUAAUUCUUUUUAGAAAAACAUCACCAUGGUAGAGAUUGAUCCAGAUUUCAUUCAAGCACCAGAGCACAGACGAAAGCCAGUUAUCAUAGAAGCUGAAAACAUUCCAGUAAUAGACCUAUCACCUAUACUAGACACCAAUAUUGAGAAAGACCCUUUAGCUUUUGAUGAGCUUGUGGAAAAAAUAGGAAGUGCAUGCAAAGAGUGGGGGUUUUUCCAAGUGAUCAACCAUGGAGUUCCUCUUGAAGUUAGGGAGAGAUUUGAAUCUGUUGGGAAGAAAUUCUUUGGCCAAAAAAUGGAGGAGAAGAAGAAAGUUAGAAGAGAUCUGGUGAAUGUUCUGGGAUAUUAUGAAUCUGAGCUUACCAAGAAUGUUAGAGAUUGGAAAGAAGUGUUUGAUGUAACUUUUCUUGAACCUACUUUGGUUCCAGCUUCAACUGAUCCUGAUGAUAAAGAGAUUACUCAUUGGUAUAAUCAGUGGCCAGAGUCUCCCCCAGGGAUGAGAGAGGCAAUCCAAGAAUAUGGUCAACACAUGAAAAAACUAUCAAUCAAGAUAAUGGAACUUAUCGCGGUGAGCUUAGGAUUACCCGCGAAAAGAUUUAACGAUUUCUUCAAAGAUGAAACAAGCUGGAUGAGACUCAACUAUUAUCCACCUUGUCCUAAUCCUGACAUGGUUCUAGGAUGUGGUCGCCACAAAGAUACUGAUGCUUUAACUGUCCUUGCUGAAGAUGAAGUUAGUGGACUUGAAGUCAAGAGAAAAACUGAUGGUGAAUGGCUUCUCGUUAAGACUUUGCCUAAUGCUUAUAUUAUCAAUGUUGGAGACUUAGUUCAGGUUUGGAGCAAUGAUACGUACGAGAGUAUUGAACACAGAGUGAUGCUGAACACUGAGAAAGCGAGGUUUUCAUGUCCAUUCUUUCUUUAUCCAGCACACUAUACCAUUGUGGAGCCUUUGAAAGAGUUCACAAGUGAUGAAAACCCUCCAAAAUACAAACCUUACAAUUGGGGCAAGUUUAUAAUUACUAAAAAGAUUAGCAAUUUCAUGAAACUUGAUGUUGAGAACAUCCAAACCCAUCAAUUCAAGAUUGUUUAGAUGCAGCAUUUUGCUAUAAUGCUGUCAUCAAGAAGGUGUUGUAUUUGGAAAAGGAGGCAUGAAAUAAUAAUGUGUUGAAUAGCUCUAUCGAGCUAGGUGUGUAUGAAUAAGGCUCUAUAUGAACAAGUGUUACCAAAAUGUAUUAGCUUGAAUAAGGAGCCAUUAGUGGCUCAUAAAUUACUUCAAUUUCCGAGUUUGUAA